AGUGCACCAAAGGUAUCAGGUUCCAAUAGUUUGCUUUAAUGUGUGGUGAAUUUUCUAUUAUAGCGAAUUGAGGAACCUGUGUUUGACGGCUGUUUCGGGUUGGUUUGACUGUGAAAUGUAGCAAAGCAUCUAAUCCUCAAAACUUGCAUUAAACAUUUUAUAGAAAGCUUCAUCAGCCAGAAGUGUCGAUUUGGUGAAUGAGCCAGCCAUCUGCCGUGACUGGCCAGAAUCCGGCAAAGUUCUGAGACAUCAUCAUAACAACAAGCUAAGGAUGCUGACACACAGGUGGAAGAAGAUUGGUCAUUCUUGUUACCACUGACAGGAUCUGAGAGACCAAACACACGAGCAGAGCCAUAAAAAGAAGAAAAACUCUUUGCUGAAAAUGACCCCCAUACGGGCAAGACAAGCUGAAGCUCAAAGAGAAAAUAAGGAAAAAGAUGUCUUACACUGUUUAAGUUCAAACAUCUCUGAAGCUGGACUUUUAGAAGGGAGUGUAAGUGACACACACUCAUUGAAUAACAUGUCAGGAUCGUCAGAGUGCCACACGGACAGUGACUUUUCAGAUCAAGAGCAGGAAAGCAUUGAAAUGUCAAAAUGGGCAGCAGCUGUGGAAUUAGACUUGAAGCCAGAACCUUUUGAUGGGGACCUGGAUCAUUAUUCCACAGAAACUGCGUUUUACCCAGAGGUUCUUCCUGCAUCACUCCUGGACGCCACACAGAGUCUGUCUUCUGAAAAUGUUGAUGUGACUGAGACUUGCCUCGAUUCUGUAAUAGCACGACUGAUGGAGAUAGAAAAGCUUCAGGCUGCUACCGUGCAGAAAGAAAAAGCAAAACUAGCUAGAUCCCGUCCAGCUACUGCUAACACACGAAACAGCAAACGUUUAAGAAAAAGUGACUUUCCAGGAUGCAAGACAGCGGUAUCAAGGGAUGCAGAGUGCAACUCAGUUGUGUGUAGUUUUACCAAACUUACAGUUUCUCCCAACUCUUCAUGCAGGUGCAGGCAUCAUACUUGCCCAAAACCAGGACAAGGAAGCAAAGGCAAGUUGCCACAUCCCACCUUGCCUAAAUGUCCUGACAGCAUGUCAGGCAAAUGCAAAACAGCUGAAACUGGGUUCCCAAAUUUCUCUGUUAAUGUGAAGGUCCCACAAAAACCCACAUUGCCAAACAGGACCAACAGUUUAACGACACAGAGAAGCUCUACGUCAGCUAAAAAGUCAACAGUUCCUAAAUUGAAAACAUAA